UACUCGAAUGUAGAGAUGAGCGUACCCAAAUUGAGUGUGGUAUGGAUGGCAAGACUGUUUUUUAGCACAACAUUUUGUUUAACCGUAUUUGAAAAUGGCUUCUACAGAAGUGUGUAAAGCAGAGAAAGAUGUUUUUGAGAAAAUUGCGAAUAAUGACGCAAGUGGACUAAAAACUUUACUGCUGCAGAAUGAAAUAAAACCAGAUAUACUUGAUGAAAAUGGAAUGACACCAUUACAGCAUGCAGCUUACAAAGGAAACACAGAAAUAGCACAAAUGCUUUUGGAUCAGCCUGGCGACAUACAAACCGACCCUGGGUUGCAGGGAGCAGACGUGAACUCGGGAAGUCACGACCACGGCUACACUGCUCUGCACUUUGCAGCGCUCUCGGGCAACGCCGAGCUGUGCCAACUGCUGUUGAUGGCCGGAGCCAAGAAGGAUGCCGUCAACUCCGUCAAUCGCACAGCAGCACAGAUGGCGGGCUUUGUGGGAAAUCACAAUUGUGUUGCUGUCAUCAACAACCAUGUGCCGAAAGCAGACAUAGAAUACUUCACCGUCCCUCGUGGGAUAUUGGAGAAGGAGCCAAAACUGCCACCAGCACUUGCUACGCCUCUCCAUAAAUUUGUGAUGCAGGUAAACAUGCACCCGGUGCGGAUAGCGUUGAACCUGCAGAAGUUGCCGAGCCUGUGCGGGAGCCUGGACAGAGUGCAGAAGGUACUGCAGCUGAUGAGCGAGCGGGAGAUGAAGAGCGGCCCACGCACCAACGAGGUGAUGGCGUUCAAGUUCCACUACUUGUCGUUCGUGGUGGCGGAGGUGGCGAGCUGCGCCAAGCGGCAGCAGGCGCUGCAGGAGCGCAAGUCGCAGGCGCAGUCUGCUGAGAAGGACGGCGAAGAGAAACGCUCGGAUCCGGUCGAGCUGUUUGUCAGGAAGAUGUUGAAGAGCAGUCGUGCCGACCCUUCUGCGACGCCAGAGUUCCAGGAGAGCUUCAUGCGGGAGUGCGUGCGGGAGUUCCCGUUCCGGGAGUGCACCGUCUUCCGGCAGAUGGUGUCCACGCUGGCGCAGAAGGACUCCCCGCCGGCGGUGAGCGUCGUGUCGGGCGUCAUCAGCGGGCAGCGGGCGUCGGCGGAGCAGGACCAGGCGGCGUGCUGCUUCGCCUGCGGGCAGGAGGGGGCCCCCAAGAAGUGCAGCAAGUGCCGCGCGGUGCAGUACUGCGACCGCGAGUGCCAGCGCCUGCACUGGUUCGUGCACAAGAAGGUGUGCGCGCGGCCCUCGGGCAAGGCCGCCGCCUGCCCCUCCCCCCUGCCCUCGCUCCAGAGCCUCGAGGUGAAGUGAGACUGAUCCUUCCGCUGCACAGCACGGUGGCUCUAUUUUUACAUCACCUUGUUUUUUGCAUUUUGAACAGGAUGUCUAAUGGUCAUCAAAACAAUCAAUAGGGAUGUGCGAGUACCCGAUAUUUUCGGGUACGGUUCGAAUCCACAAUUACCCGAACCCGGAAUCGUUGUAAGUACAUGGAUUCGAACAGUAUUACGAUUAUUCACAAAAGUUAUAAAUUAAUUUAAUACGGCUCAAAAAUACUAGCAGUGAAAAAUAAAAUUAGGCUACUAUUACGUAAGUAUUUAUAAUAUGAUGUAUCAAAAAAAGAUAUGUAAAUUAAAUAAUUAACACAGUGUCAUUAAAAGAAUUUCGAGAGCUUAAACUAUAAUUACGAAUUUCGUCGUAUAGCUAACUAUAAACUAAAAACAAUUACAUACCUACAAGAAACAAACGUAUUGCUAUUUAUUGGAGAAAAAAAUGUUUCGUUUGCUGAAACGUUUAUAAAACUGAGAUUUCCCUGUGGCGUGCAGUUUAUUACGAUUGAGUUGGAGAAUCGAAUAUGUUUUGGUUUUCAUAUUUUAAAGUAUUAUUAAUUAAUUUUAUAUAAUUAUAAACAUUUCAAUCUCAGUCUAAUAAAUAAUUGCCAGUAGUUACAGUUAGAAAAAAGAAAAUACACAUUAUUUUUAAAUUAAUCAGUUAAUUUUAUUUUUCUGUGCUUAGUAUUCGGAAUCGGAUUCAUAUCUUAAAUAUUGCCAGGGAUUCGAAUCGGAUUCGAACCGAACUGAAAAUCAAGGAUUCGCACAUCCCUAACAAUCAAGAAACCAAAAAUUUUCACAGUUCGUCAUUACUGAAUUGUUCUUCAUACACUUGUUAAUUUAAUCAACGUUAAGAAAUUUGGAUGUUUUAAAAUUUGACUUAAAGUUGCAUCUCUUUUGUGAUGCACUUAGGGCCGGUUUUAUGACCCCCGGCAAAAGUUCCGGCUAAAAUUUAACCGCAGGCUAGCUCUUAUUUCGGUUUUCUGACUCCCUGUUAACGUCUACCUUCCAGUUAAAGUUCCGGCUAACCUAGCGGUUGGAUGAACCGGCCGCUAGCUGCUUAACCGGAGGCUAAGCAACAGAAAAUAAAAUGGCGAUGUAUCAGGCGAGAUUAGUUGUUGAUAGUGAUGAUGACUAUUUGAGGAAUUAUAUUGAAUAUUUGCAGGAUGCGAUGGAAUAUUUUAUUACUAAAUAUAAAAUGCUUCGCCGUAUUCGUCAAAGUUUUAUUAAAAAUUACAUGACAUGAAAGUGUAGUCACGCUUUUCUAUUCUCGUCGAGUCGUGUAUUAUUAUUUGACUUUAAUUGAUCACGAAGUACAUAAACGUAUGCAAUGUAUAUAAACUUAAACUAUAUAUCCUGCUUAAGAAUAUGUGUAAAUAAGUGAAUUUUAAAAUUGCAAAACGAGGGUUAUUAUUACCUAUAAAAUGCGUGUUUUCGUGGAAGUUGUAUCUGUGAGUUUUUAUUCAUAAUACAGUGGACAUAUGCCGGGAAUGAAAUGCACUUCAUACGACUUCAGACGUGGUUAUAAUUCAAUGAAUACAAUUGAAUGUGAAAAUAAAUGUUAACCCAAUUAUCCCUUCCCUAUCUUACAAACCUUUAGGUACUUAUUAUCUACCUGCCACGCAAGUGCCAAACGAAAACAGCACUGGAAUUAUUCUGUUUCCCGUAUCCAAGUUUAUCCCUUGAUCCUAUCGGCAUGACCCUUUAUAUGUUGGUCUUGUUUUACAUUAGACGUGCUGUUUUAAUUUAGAAUGUUGAAAAAUCCUGUACAUAACUUAAAAUACCUAACAUAUCACGAUACAAACAAAUUAUGUCAGGUCUUGUAAAAAUGUAUUUCUUUCGUAUACAUUUUACAAUCAUAAUUAUUUCCCCAGUGAAUAUAUCUAGGAUCUCUCGACCUACUAAAUUAAAACAGCAAGCAUCCUAUACCACAAACUAAUUCCAUCAGGAUCUGAUUAAUUUGGAUACGUGAUACGAAACUAUUAGUACAAAAAUGAAACCUACACCAGUGAAAUGAAAAUCGACAAGUAUUUUCCCGAAACAGGGUCUAUAAUUUUUGAUUAUGAAAUAAAUUUAUGAAAGAAAUAAGUGUUCUCUAGCAAAAAUGUAUUUAUUUGUUUGUAUAGAAUUACAUCGUUAGUUUUGGCUUAAUAUAUAACCUAACAAAAUCAUGAGUUUCAAUACAAGAGUAAAGUUGAAAACACACAGUUUUGAAUCGUAAAUUGUAAUUUUAUGGUUUAAUACAAAGCAGGUUUGACGUCGAAGUAGUUUUUGGUUAAUUUAAUUAUAUCUGUUGCAAGAUAAAGUUCGCGGCAUAUUUCUUUACUGCAGCUGUAAACUUCCAAAUCACAAUACAAACAAACAGCUGACUAACAUUCUACCAGAAAAAAAAACUGUCUCGCAACAAAAGUGACCAAAUUCUUGUUUAUUUCAUUACCAACACGCCCAUUAUUACACCACAUGCUUCGUCAGGUUCCGGUUAGCCAACCGCAGCCUAAGUAUGGGUCAUAAUCUCAUAAUACACCCCUCGUUCAUUAACCGGAGGCUAGCCUAACCUGAAGGCUAGCUAACCUGAAGAUUUAGCCGGAGGUCAUAAUACCGGCCCUUAGGGUUACUUCAGAACUGCUAUAAAAAAAAUUAAAAUAAAAAUUUGAUCCAACAUAUUGUAGCAAGCACAAAUAACUGCAGUUGAAAAUAACCUUGUGAAAAGAAACCAAUUGUUUUGCUAAGGGGUGAAUGUAAAAUCAUUUGGCAUAUAAUUUUUACAUUGAUCUCAGUUGUUUAGUAUGAAAAUACAAAUACAUACAUAUAUGGAAAGGUCAGAAACAAGAUGCUAAUUUAUAUUUUGCAGUCCAUUAGACAUCAUGUUGAAGCAGGAUGUUUGCAAACACACACUAAAUAUUUAUGGAAGUAAUUCCUUAUGAAUAUUGAGGUAGAGUUUAACAUUUAGCUGUCUAGCUCAAUUUCUGCAGGUGAUAUUUGCUCUUGAAAAUUAGUUUAUUUAUUUAUUAUGAAAAUGGUAUUUGUGAAUAAAUCACGUAAACAGUUUGAACUGCUGUUCAAUAAUCAAGGUUUUGUUCCGUGAAGUUGUGAACCCUUCUAACAAUUUUUUAUAAUUAUAGGAGAGGGGCACUUUUUUAUUUCAUUUUGUAUUAUUUUGUUCUGAAUUGUUGAAAUUGAUGACCUAACAAACUAAACACCCCCUCUUGUUGCAGCUGCCUAGGAAAUGCAGUUUCUGUAUGUAACGACUUCCAUUGCAUGUACCUAUGUCACUCUGGCGUAGUCUUCACACAAUUAUUUUCAAAUGUCGUUAUAAGCUUAGAAAUACCUAUUAAGGAAUGCCUUUCACAGCCCUAAACACUGAAUAUUUCCAGAUAUUGAUGCUAGCAUUCCUGAAUUAGUACAAGAGUUAGGAAAUAUACCGUGUUUUCUCGCAUAAUCGUCGCACAUUUUAUUCUAAAAUCAAGUUUGAAAAGUAAGGAUGCAACAAUUAUGCGGUUUUUUUUUUUUUUUUUUUUAACAAAAGUUAUUCAUAAAAAAACCUUCAUGGAAAUUACGUUUAUUUAAAAAAAAAAAAAAAAAAAGGUGGAGUAUACAAGAGCAUGCCAAACAAUUUAUAUUAAUAAUUCAUUAAACAAAAAUUUUCUUCAACUUUAAACAGAAAACCCAAACUGUAAUGCGAAAACACAAGCCACUUGAAUCUGCAACGUGAACUAAUGUCGUAGUACACGCAUGCUACGAAAAAAUGUGGGCCAUCAAAUGUAGUUAACUCGACAGAGAGAGCGCGCUGCAUGCAAUCUGCGAGAUAUCGAUAUUCGACUACGUGCGCGCGCUCUAUACGGGAAGCAACAUAAUCAAAUAUAAAUGAUGCAACUCGCACUGGCUACACGUUCAUAAGCGGUACACCGCGGCGACGCAGACGAUCAGAUAAAAAUGUAACAUUUAAAAACGUCUUUAAAAGAAAAUUUACAUGUCAGACAACUUCGUAUUUCUGUUAAUUAAAUAAGUAAGUGGUAAUGUCCGAAUAAAUAUUAAAUUUCUACUUCAAAAUACGUAGUUUUAUACGGAAAAGAUAUCUACACCGGUACACCGCGGCGACGCAGACGAUCAGAUAAAGAUAAUAACGUUUAAAAACAUCUUUAAUAGAUAAUUUACACGUCGGACAACUUUGUAUUUCUGUUAAUUAAAUAAGUAAGUGUUAAUUUUCGAAUAAAUAUUAGAUUUCUACUUUAAAAUACAUCGUUUUAUACGGAAAAGAUACCUACAGUACACAAAGCGCCCGGCAUCUAGUAGCGGGACCAAAAACAUAAUUCGAUGUUUAAGCGAGAAGUUUUUUUAUCCCAAUUUUGACGGCCAAAAAUAUAGGUGCGACGGUUACGCGCAUGCGACGAUUAUGCGAUAAAAGAGGGUAAGACAAAUAAAAUGCUGCAUAUGGGAGAGAGGGAAAUUACAUAAUAAAGAUACCGAAACAGCAGGCCUAGACCCAGCUUCUAAUUUUGGGAAGGGUUUAUGCAGGGCCGAAGUGAAGGGAAGGAUCUCCAGGAAUCAGGCACCAAGCACCAGGUUGAGCUUCAGAAUAUGUUUCAUACUAGUCUGGUAAUAAAAUCCUUUUAGAAACCUAACAAGUUAUCCAGUAUGAGCAUAUCACAUUUACAGUUAUGGUCUCUGUAACAAAAAAAAAAUAUAUAUAUAUAUAUAUAUUUUUUUUUUUUUUUAAUUGUGGGGUUUGAAAAAUUGUACAUUUAUUAAUAGGGAGGGAGCCUCCCCCCUUCCCCCUUCACUCCUGCGGGCCCUGCGUUUCUCUUGGCGGCCCUGGGCAUAUGACCGAAGGCUUUAGGGUAAAUUUGGAAUACCUUCCAGCUAAUGGGAAGUCCAAAGUCUUCAAAAUAUUGCCUAAAAGGUUAUUUUAAGGCAUUUCUGAAAUCUUGAAAUAUCAGAACUAUGGAGUAUAUUGUUUUUCUAUCGCUAGUGUGGGAGUUACGAACAGGAAGGGCGAUUGCUCCCAUAGUACCACCGUAACACUGCUACUGUCAAACAGUUAAGGUUUUGUAUUGCUAGUUUAUUUGAAGCUGUGUUUUUAAUUAGUUCCACCCCUACUUUCCCAACCAAAUAUUAGUGUAAAAUGUUUGACAUUUCGUUAUCUUGCUGGUACUUGUGGCAAGCUCUUCGCCUAAUGCAGCCUGCUGUAUGCUGCGAAUUCCCGCCAAAUAAACCGCAGAAUUCUCAUGUAACUGCUGCAAACCACAAAUUUCAACAUUAGGAAUGUUUUGGUACGUUAAGCAAUAGAUGUGGAUCAACUCCAUAAAAUAACCAUAACACAAUUUUGAAUGCAAAAAGGUUUUUAUAGGGUAAAGAUAGUUGUACAAAGGAACAUUAUCUGCAGUAUUGCUGUUAGAUUUCAAAUAUAUUUUUUUAACAUUUGGCACAAAUACUAUUCCUGAAACUGGAGUUUCAAAGACAAAUAGUAUUAUGUCAUCUUUAGGAAUUGAGCGAGGCUCUGAGAGUAUUACAUAAACUCUACAUCAGUAUCCAUGGGAAACCACCACCCAAAGUUUUUAAAAUUGGGUUUACAAACCAGCUGUUGUAUAAACAUUUUGCAACAUUUGUUUAGUUUUUAAAAUUAUGAAAUGGAGGUUAAUGUACUUGUUUGGAAAAUGGAACUGUGGUUUUUGUAAUAGUUGUAGUGGAAAUUAAAAACUAUGCUGGAGAUGUUCGUGAGUUGGACUAUAAGUAAUAGCAAAUCUGGUUUGUAUGUUUUCUCUUCUCUGGUUGCAGCAUAAUAAGUGGACAGUAUGUAAAGGACAGCACUUAAAUAUUUUACAAGGAGUAUCAUAGAAUAUUGCUGCAGUAGACUGUACAAAUAAUUGUAGUGUAAAACGUGUACUUUUUUAGUUAUAUUUGUGAGUAGAUGUGGACUAACGUAUUUCUGAGAGUUGUUUAAAUGUAGUGUUUCAUUAGUGGUAUGUAUUCUCUGAGUUUUGAUACUAACAGUUAAUGGUCUAAUUUGUACUAAUUUGUCAUUUUCAUGAAACCUGCCAAUUACUGCAUAUUUAUACUGUUCAUAGCUUCAUGUAGUCGGGAAUGAAAAUAUAAAAACUAUAAACUUUUAACUGACAAGUAACUUGCCAUAAUCAAGAAAAGUUCACACAUGAUUUUAUUAAUUUUUUUCUUUGUUCAGUAUUUGGCAGUAUAAUUUUUUUUUUCAAUGGGUAUUCUUGUGUAAAUGAUGUUGUCAUAACGAUCUCCUGAACAAAAUAAUGCAAUGUUGCGUGGUUUAUAGUAUGGUUAGUUAGAAGUUUUGUGACUUGGGUAAAUCAGAACAAAUUUUCCUUUCAAAAGUGCACACACAAACAUUCAAGCAGUUCAUGAAUGCAGCAGUAUUUUUUAGUUGUACCAAGCAGUGAGUUCACGAGCUUAGCUGCAAGCCAUCCGGCUCACUUAAGCCCAAUCGGCGGCGUGCUGCUGAAAGAGGCAACACGUCAGUCAGUACGCCUUCCCUCCAGCACAAUGGGCCCACAGUCUUCCUCCUAUCAGACCUUACUGGCCCAUUCCAUUCCAUUCCAUUCCUUUAACUUGCUUGAUAUUUAUGUUUCUGUCUUUUAUGUGAAGGUCUUCCAGGAAAAUAAGGGAUAAUGUGUUUGUGGCCAUAAAGUUGUUCGUUUAGUUGCAGCAUGAAAGUAAAUUCCUAUUUAUUAUGAUUUUUAAAAUAAGUUAUGCCCCUGAGUAGUGGGAAGCAAAAAUUAAGUCGAAACUAUGUCAGGUAAAAAUGGAAAUAAAUAAUUCAGGAAGUGAAAAAAACAGAGAAGUAGCAUGAAAAAUUACUGUUCUUUUUUUUUUUUUUUUUUUUAAUUACUGAUUUUUAUUAAUUUAAUACAUAAAUAAGUUAGUGUGGAAGACAAAAUAAAAUAAUAAUACAAAUUUGUGAUGCUUAGCAAUUUGACAUGAAUUUUCUUAAUUUGAAUUGAGAUGGGCCAGUUUACUUGAAAACCAAUUUUUAUCCGAACAGCUUAUCCAAAAAAAGAAAUAUCUGUUUUGAUUUUGAGUUAUUCUGAUUUACAUACAGCAUAUAAAUACUUUAUAACAGCCAGAAUUGGUGGUAUUAAGUUAAAAUUUAUAUUUAUGCAAGAAUUCUAUGUACUAAUAUAAAUACAUAUGAUUCGUCAAAAGUUCAACUAAAGAUUGCAGGGUGAAGGAAAAUUGAGCAUGUAUUACUCUUGAUGCUGUUACAUUUUUAUCAUUCCAUGCAGUACAUAUUUGGUCAGAUUCAAGAUUAAAAACUAUAGGCCCAGCUUCUGGUAAGGGAUGACUUACACUACAUAAACAAGUUUACUCAUAAAUUAUGGCAUAUAAUUGGAAAAACAUCAGUAUACAGUGGUAUUUUAUAUUUUUAGGAUUUCUCGAUGCAGUGAAAAUCAUUUAUGCUUAUAUUUUGUUGGUUGGUCAGUUAUAUUUUAAAUGAAUGUUCAAACGAUCAAUAAUUGGUAGUCCUAGUUACUAUUACUUUUCUAAAUAUCACAAACAUAAAAUUUUACUAAAGCCUGUUGUGAAUGCUGGAUAAUUUCUGUCAUAUAUUAAAUGGCAGGGAGGUUAUUUUAAAAAUAUGCAAGAAAACUUUUAAAUUACAAUUCAUUUGUUUAGAACAAUUAAAAUGCUGUUAUGUAACUGCUGUUAUUGAAAAAACUUAUUUAUUUUGACAGUUUUUCUUGAAGGCAAAACCUAGAGCUUGAAUGUUUGUGUUAAAAAAUUUGAUAAACAUUAACAAGUAAAUUUUUCUUCAAAAGGAACUGUUUUGUAUAAUUUUGUAUAGUGCAUGAUUGACCAAAGCCAUUUAUAUUUGCUCAUUUUUCUUGAUGUUGUAGGUUUUAAAUUGUUUGUAAUAUUUGAUACGUUGUAAUUAUUCAUUAGUCUGUUUUGUGUUUUUAAUGUAUCAGGUGUCCACAUUCGGGAGAAUCGGGAAGUUGGAAUUGGUAAGGGAAAGUCUGGGCUUUUACUUGUAAUACUGGCAGUCAUGGAAAUUCCCACAGUGGUAGUAAUUAGUACGGGCUGAAAAAAUUAGCAUCUAUUUUAGUAUAUAUUUUUUUAUAAAGUGGCAUCUAUUAUUGUGAAGUUAGCAUUUUGUUUUAAACAUAAUAUUUACAUACAUUUUGUACAAACAUUUUGAAAAUUUUCUAAAGAAAUACAUAGCAUUUAUGUGGCAUUUUAUAAAGGAUAUUUUUACAAAAAAAUGACAUUUCAAAUUAAUUUAUUUUAAAAAAUAAUAAUUUCUUUAGAAAAUUAGUUAAAAUAGGAUUUAUCUUUAUAAUUAGCAAAAAAAAAUAUCUUCUAUUGUGUAAUCAACAAAAACAAUAAAUCAUUAAUAGUAUGAUGCUAAUAUUCUGAACCCCUAGUAAUUUGAGGGUAAAAUGCCAUUCUCCUAUCUGCCUUCACCUAGACUGUGAGAGUCUUUUUGAGAUGGUGGUGUAUUAUUAUUUUUUUAUUUUAUAUUAGUAUUAUGCACACUAUUAUAUGAUGUAUUCAAGGUUCUAUUCAAAUGUUAAUUUUUGUUAUAUAAUUCCAAGCCAUUUUUGAAGGCUGAAUUUGUAUUAUUUUUUCAGGAAAUAGCAAAAUAGGUAAAUUAUUUUUUUGAAAAAUAGUUCGAAAAUUUAAAGUUUGGUCAGGGAAAAGUCAGGGAAAUUUUAUUGCAGAUUUGUGUGGACAUACUGUAUGCUAUUUUGUAGUGAUUAAUUUUGUCAUUAGUGUAUUUUUAUAAUUCAUCAGUGAGUUCUGCUGUACAUUUGAUAUUUUCUCUAACUUUUGUGUGGUUUCUAGUCUUUUAUGUAAAAAUUGUGUCAUUUUUUUUUUAAUUGUUAGCACAUGUAACUUAGUUUAUUAUGCAAGUGAAAUAAAAUACCCACCUUGGU